CUUAAUUGAAAAAUAAAAUAGAAUAAUGAUGGCCUUAACCAUGUUAUUUUGUAGCACAAGCAAGAAUUUAUUCUUUAGUCUAUAGUCUAUACAUGCAAAAACAGUUUAAAAUAUAUAAAAAUAAGCCAUCAAUACUUGGAAAUUAAAUAAACGGGAGGGAUUGUUUAUAAAUUUUAAUGCAGUUUUGCGUGUCAAUAUUUAGAUUUUCAUUUACGAAAAACACAUACAUAUGCUAUAGCCUAUACAUUCUGGUGAAACAUCUUUAAAUAAAAACCAAGAUUUCAAAUUAUAAAUAUCUGAGAAGGACUAGGUUUGAGUCUUUGGCAACCUAUUAAUGGAGGGUGUAACUAGUGAACAGACUGAGGCAAAUGAAUGGUAUCACAAAAGAUGCAUUACUCUUGCUGGUGAUGCUCAUGGUUGCGGCCGCAGUGACAGAAGGCUGAUCACAGCAAAUCGAAGAGGGUUGAAGGUUCCGCCAUUCUUGAACAAGGUGUAUGAACUGGUGGAUGAUCCGAAAACAAAUGCCAUAAUCUCUUGGACUGCUGAUGGUACUAGUUUCACUGUCUGGGAUCACCACAUGUUUACGAAGAACAUUCUUCCUCUAUACUUCAGACACGACAAUUUCUCCAGUUUCGUUUAUCAACUCAACAACUAUGGUUUCAAGAAGACGAGCUGGGAUAACUGGGAAUACGAAAACAAAUGGUUUCAACAAGGAAAGGAUGAUUUACUUGUGAAUAUCAGGAGGAAAAACCAAAGUUCCUCUGUCGCGAAAAGGAACAGGGCACGGGGCCUGAACUCAUCAGAUAAUUUAGGCUAUGAAGCACCGUCCGAAACAGAAAACUCUGAAAAGAAUCAGAUGAAGCUGGAAGUACAGGAACUUGUAAGGAAACAAGAAAUCAUGGAGAAAGAAUUGGGAACCGUUAAAGAACAGAUAGAAAGCCUAUUCAAGCAACAAAAAAUUGUGAUUUCAAUGUUUAGUGCAAUUCUUCCACAAUUCGGGCAGCACUUGCACCAAAAUGCGAUUGGACAAGGGGUGAUGGAAGAUGCCAAGUUGGAGAAAGAAAUAGCAGAGAAAAACCAAUAUGAAAACGGAAUGGAGCUUGUGGUAGCUGAUCAUUAUACGAGUCAACAAAACAGCUUGUUCGACUCUGGCAAUCUGGUGGAAGAUGCAGACAAGUGCAGCUUUCUAGAGAAGCUAAUGGCAAUGGAUGAAAAUCAGGAAUUACAAGGAGAGCUAGCAAAUCAACAGUCGAGCAUCGUGAUGGAGUUGGAAGGCCUAAUGACGGAAGCUGAAUUCGGAGGGUACAUAGAGUUCAUGUCUCAAGUGGAGUUUCAAGAAACAAAGCCUGCAAUUUGACACCUACAAUAUAUGUUACAUGUUACACAAGUGCAGUAUCACCAGUUAGUAAAGUUAGCUGAAGUUCCAUGGAGCAAAGACAGUUUUAAUAUUUAUGCAUUGAUAUUUGAU